AAUGUGUGGAGCAGCAAAUCUAGUGUGCGACCCCCGUAAUUCUCUUACCUGAGCUCAUUCUGUUGAUUAUUCCCCUCAGAAAAACUCCUGCCGAAGCGACUAACCUCCACACUAUUCUAAAGAUGGCGUUAAUUAAAGAGGAGAGUGAAGACCUGAAGAUUGAAGAAACAUUCACAGUCAAACAUGAAGAUCCUGAGGAGCAAACAGACUUGUUGGUGCUGAAACAAGAGCAAGAACCGAAGGAAAUAGAAGAGAAACACCAGUUGUUACAUACAGAAGAUAAAAACACCCCAAAUGAAGAGACUUCAUUACUAAACAAUCCUAAGGAAACCAAACUUAAACAUUAUCAUUGUCAUCACUGUGGGAAGAUUUACAGGAAAAAAACAAGCUUUACCAUCCACAUGAGAGUUCACACUGGAGAGAGACCUUUUAGCUGCCAACAGUGUGGAAAAGCUUUCAGACAAAAGUCAAACCUUGCUGGUCACCUCAGACUUCACACUGGAGAAAGACCUUACAAAUGCCAACACUGUGGAAAGGGUUUUACUCAAAAACAUGAUCUUAAAAAUCACACGAGAAUUCACACCGGAGAGAAACCUUUCAUAUGCCAACAAUGUGGAAUGAGUUUCCGUGUAAAACAUAAAUUAUAUUGUCACAUGAGAGUUCACACCGGAGAGAAACCAUACACCUGCCAUCAGUGCGGAAAGAGUUUUGCUCGAAAUUCAACACUUAGUCACCACACAAGAAUUCACACCGGAGAGAAGCCAUUCACCUGCGAACAGUGUGGAAAGAGUUUUUCCUAUAAACAUAGGCUUAAAGUCCACAUAAGAGUUCACACCGGAGAGAGGCCUUACAAAUGCUCACAGUGUGAAAAGAGUUUCAUUCAGAAACUAAACUGUGACAUUCACAUGAGAGUUCACACCGGAGAGAAACCGUUCAUAUGCUCACAAUGUGGAAACAAUUUCACUCAAAAAGGAAGUCUUGAUUUCCACAUUAGAAGUAUUCAUGGGUCCGCUCGGAAACAAAAAACAAAAGUCCAACACAAGACCAGAAAAGCUUCUGCUGAAGCGACUGAUCUCCACACUGUUAACAAGAUGGCGUUUAUUAAAGAGGAGAGUGAAGAUGUGAAGAUUGCAGAAACAUUCAGAGUCCAACGUGAAGAUCCAGAGGAACAAACAGGGCUGAAAGAAGAGUGUCAAGAACUGGAUGAAAUAGAAGAGAAAGAUCAAUGUGAGAAACACCAUGAUUUAAAGAUGGAAGCAAAAUCCGCUCAAGACCUCGAAGUCAACAUGAAUUCCCACAAUGGAGAGAAGCGGUACAGCUGCCAACAAUGUGGGAAGACUUUCAGUUUUAAAAAAAGCCUUAAAGUCCACAUGAAUAUCCACACUGGAGAGAAGCCUUACACCUGUCGACAGUGUGGAAAGAGUUUUAGUCAGAAGCGAAGUCUCGAUAUCCACAUGACAGUUCACACUGGAGAGAAACCGUUCACCUGCCAACAGUGUGGAAAAGGUUUUGCUCAGAAACAAAAACUUGUCGUUCACAUGAGAGUUCACACUGGGGAGAAACCUUGCAUAUGCUUGCAGUGUGGAAAGAGUUUUAGUCAGAAGCGAAGUCUUGAUACCCACAUGACAAUCCACACCGGAGAAAAGCCUUUCACCUGCCAACAGUGUGGAAAGAGUUUCAGUCGAAAAGGAACCCUAGACAUCCACAUGAGCAUCCACACUGGAGAGAAACCAUUCGUCUGUGAACACUGUGGAAAGAGUUUCAUUAAAACAGAAGGCCUUAAAGCCCACAUGAGCGUUCACACUGGAGAGAAACCCUACCCAUGCCUACAGUGUGAAAAGAGUUUCACUCAAAAACGAAGCCUUGAUACCCACAUGAAUGUCCACACUGGAAAGAAACCAUACACCUGCCAACAUUGUGGAAAGGGUUUCACGCAAAAACGAAGUCUUAAUUUCCACAUAAGAAGGGUUUUAAAUAAACACUAACCAAGUGUUUGGAUAUUCAGGUGCUCCUGUUUUCGCUGAUCAUCCGUGAUGUUUCUACAACUUUACAGUUGUACAGAAAGAGUUGUGAAGAUCCCAAUGAGAGCACAGUGUAGUCCUUCAACCAAAAAUGUAAAGUUUGGGACCACUUUGUUGAGAGGAAUGCCUGGCCAAAUUGAGCAAUUGUCGAAGAAGGGUUUUAGUCAGGAGGAGACUAAGAACCUGAUGUUCAUUCUAAAAGAGCUUGUGUUUCUCUGACAACAGAGGAGAAUCUUGCAGAAGGUCAACCAUCUUUUCAGCUCUAAACCAAUCAAGCCUCUAUGGUAGAUUGACUAGUUAGAGCCACUCUUCAGCUUCCAUCAGUAGAGAAAAGUUUGGGACCACUUUGUUGAAAGGGAUGCCUGGCCAAACUGAGCAAUUGUGGAAGAAGGGCCUUAGUCAGGGAGGAAACCAAGAACCUAAAUGUCACUUUAAAGGAGCUCCAGUGUUUCU